AGAUUGCUUCACUCAAGCAAGAGUCUUGGGUUCCGUCUUAGAUUUACUUUGGUUAAGCUUGACCAGGAGUCUUUUUAAACUCAUUAUGAAACUGUUGUUUUUGCGUCAAAGCUUGGUUGCAUGAUGGAGUUACAAAGAUUGUCAUAUAACGUUUAUGUUUCCAAGUUUUGAAGUGAUAGAUCUGGUUCUCCGCUUUCAGGUGGCUUGUGGAUCAUAUGAUUGAACUUGGGUUCUCAAAGUCAGUGUCAGACUGGAUAGGCACCAACCUCAAAAAACAAGGAGAUCAUGAGACAUGGGCGUUCAAUCUUGACGAUGUUGUCCAGAUGUUCAAGUCUUACCAGGAGAAGUCCUAUUGGCAUCUGUUAGAGCAACCCCCAAAAGAUAUGGAGAUAGCUGUUGUGCGUGCUGAGAACAGUGAUUGUUGGGACCCGGAUGUGAUUCAACGUCUUGAAAGUCUUGCCAAUGGGGAAGGAGAUGGAUCGGAGGGAAAGUUUUCAGUUCACGUUCUCCCCAAGUCAGGCCAUUGGUUUCACGUGGACAAUCCAAAAGUGUGGCAUAUCUAUUCAAGGUUAAUAGUUUGUUGCACCAAACGACGUCGUGGUAGUCGUUAUUAGCACAGUCUGUAUUUUCAAUGAUCUCCUCUUUGCCCAAACGUAGCGCCAAAUCCCCCAUGGCGCGAACCAUCAGAGACAAACCGGGUCUCCACCACGACCUCCUGACCCGAUUCGUUAUCUCACGGCGGCCAUUGCAAACAGUAGCAUACGAAGAGCUCCGGCCCUCCACCUAUACAAAAGCCUACAACUCCACCGCUUUUGUCCUCCAUGGCUUCCUGGGCUCCGCCAGAACCUGGAGAUCUUUCUCUCGCACCCUCCUCUCCAAUCUCUCCAGCCCAUCUGGUUGGAGAAUGGUGCUUGUGGAUUUGAGGAACCGUGGGAGGUCAGCUGAGAUCGGAGAACAGCUCUGGGUAUUGGAUUCCCUUCCAGGAGAAGUGAACCUUAAAAACAGAAAUAAGGAAGUUGAGAGAGUUUUGCACACAUUGCAGAGUCUACCUUCAUCAGUUCCAUCACGAAACAGGUGGAAGGCCUUACUAGCACGAGGCAGGAAAUGGAUAACAAAGUUGCUGAGGAUCCUUCUUCCGGAACUACAAAUCCUGAUGCAUGACGAUGUUCUCUGAUCUCCUAAUUUUAUUAUUAUUAUUUGUAAUUGUGAUGUUUGAAGAGACUUUUAGUUUUGAUUUGAUCCAUUGGUCCAAACAUUGAAUCACAACACUGAGUUUUGUGGAGUAAUAAGAACAUAAGAAUUUAACA